AUGUGUAUAACUUUUAUAUAUAAUGGAAGCAGUGAAGUCGAAAGCGACUAUAGUCUUAUUCUCAUUUCUAAUAGAGAUGAAUUUUAUGACCGACCAGCACAAUGUAUGGAACUUUGGAAGGAGGACCCGACCAUUUAUGGAGGUCGCGACUUAGAAAGUAAUUUUGAAGGAGGCACAUGGUUAGCUGUAGCUCCAACACGCAAAAAAAUUGGAGUUUUGUUAAAUAUUCCAGGAGUCAAAAAAGAAAAUGCAAAAGGUAGAGGUAAAAUAGUAGAAGAUUAUGUAAAAAAUGCAUUAAGUAUUUCAGAUUACAUAAGUAGUAUUCAAAAAUAUUGUAAAGAUUGCAAUGAAUUUAUAUUUAUUUCUGUAGAAUUUAGCAACUCAAUUCCAAUAAUAAAAACAUAUAACAAUGCCACAGACACAUUAAGUCAAUGGUCAGAUCAGUAUAUAGGAUUUGGGAAUAGUUUACCAGAGAAGCCUCUGAAAAAAGUGGAAAAUGGAAAAAAACUUCUUAAAGACAUUUGUUCUAAAUUUAAUAAAAUAAAUACUAAAGAACAACUAGUAGAAGAAUUAAUAAAACUAUUAAAAAAUGAGUGCAGAAAUUUACCUGAUGCUCAGUUAGAAAGUAGGGAACCUAAAAUAUAUAAAGAAUUAAGUUCAAUAUUUGUAAAAGUACCUGAAGAAAGAUAUGGUACAAGAACUCAUACUAUCUUACUUGUGACAAAAUUGAAAAAUGUUGAUUUAGUGGAAAUAACCAUGAAAUCACCAAUAAAUACAGAAGAACCUGUUUGGGAGAGAAAUGAAUUUCAAUUUAAUAUU